UUAAUUCAGAGAUUUUCGGCUCCAUCGGGGAUCUGGUGCGGAUUCUCAGGCCUUUCUUACCCAGGAGUAGUAGUCGCUCAUCCGCUUGAUUAACAACCAAAGCUCUGCCUCCCGCUGCCUCUCCUUCUCCGGCGAGUCUUCGUUCCUCCACCACCGCAGCUUCCCUCUCUUCAGGUCCCGUCCCCUUGCGCGGCUGCAAAGAGAGAGAAGGCCAUCGAGACCGUUCAUCUUUGUCGGCUUUUCUCUAUCAAGGUCGACAUCGGGAACAAGUCUUUUUGUUUCUACUCAGAAGAGAAAACUUUCUGUGGGAGCACAUACUGUCAGAAGGGAAGGGCAAAUUGAAGUGGAAGACGUAGCCAAAUUUCCAUGAUAUAGAAAUUCUGACUAAUUUGUGAAAUAUCGGAAAUCUAUAUUGUGGUAGAAUUUGUUCAAAUGGAUUUUUCUAGAUGUGUGAUUCCUGGUGAGGUUGGUUUGCGGUUGCUGCUAUCUCCACUUGGUUCUAACAUCGUAACGCGAACAGCUUGCUGUUCAAUUGGAGUUGCUUUGCCCGUAUAUUCCACAUUCAAGGCCAUAGAAAAGAAUGAUCAGAAGGAGAAGGAGAAAUGGUUGUGUUAUUGGGCAGCAUUUGGAUCAUUCAGCAUUGCAGAGAUAUUUACAGACAAAAUAAUUUCCUGGUUUCCAUUGUACUAUCACAUGAAGUUUGCAUUUCUUGUUUGGCUCCAACUACCUGGCCUUGAUGGUUCAAGGCAUCUAUAUCUGAGGUUCAUACGUCCAUUUCUACUUAAGCAUCAGGCUAAACUCGAUCAAUUGGUUGGUUUUAUCUAUGGUGAAAUGAACAAAUUUGUCACUUCUCACCAACGAGAGAUCCAAUUUCUGAGGGUAACAUUGCACAAAUCUGUAUUUGCAGUGUACCAAACAGUGAGGGGAAUGAUCGUGCCAGUGCGACCAUGUCUCCCUCCUUCAGAGGAGACUGAAGAUUUAGAUCAUGAUUAAUGGGUCUUUUGCAUUUGAUGGCAGACACUGGAAUUCAUUUUUUAUCUAGGCCUUUAUGUACAUAUGCCAGUAGAUAAACUUAUUCUUUUAUACGGUUUUGUAUAGAUACAAAUCUUUGUUUAGCAGUUUAUCUUAUAUUUGGAUUAGUGGAAAGGAUUCA